AUGCCUCCUAAAAAGAAAGCACGUAAAGUAAGGCAUGUGGAUGAGGUUACAACUCCAGAGCAUGGCCAUAGGCAAUGCCAAGAGCAUGAGAGAUCUGUCACUCCUGAUGGUGGCGAGAUUGAUGAGGUGGCAGACAGGAUUUAUGCUAGGAUUGCUAGAGCCGUCCAAGGUGGUGAACGUAGGAGGGGGGAUUGCCUUUUUACGGAGUUUCGUAAGCAAAACCCUCCAACUUUUGAUGGGGGACCUGAUCCUAUGGCAGCAGAGAAUUGGCUGCUAAAGAUGGAAAAAUUACUGAGAGCCCUUGAAUGUAUUGAUGCUCAGAAGGUGUUGUAUGCCACUUAUGCUCUUCAGGGUUCUACUGAUAGAUGGUGGUCAAGCACUGAGCCAUUGUUGAGUUCGGAGUUGGGAAGGGGCACUCCCAUUACUUGGGAGAAGUUUAAGGAAGUUUUCAAUAGGACAUACUUCCCCGAUGUAGUGAGGGACCGUAAAGCAAGAGAAUUUUCUGAUUUGGUUCAGGGGGCUAUGACAGUGGAGGAGUAUGUUGCUAAGUUUAUUGAGCUCUCUCGCUUUGCUCCUUACUUGAUUCCGGAUGAGUCCAAGAAAGUGAAAAAGUUUCGGGAGGGCCUUGAUGGUAGGAUUCGCCCUCUCAUUAUAGCCUCUGGAGUGGAUACUUUUACUGAGGCUGUGAAGCGGGCAAUGAGUCUUGAAGAAGACUUUAAGUACAACCCCAGUUCCAAGGAGAGUGAAAAGAACCAAGGGCCCUUUCAUUCUCAACACGAUAAGGGUCAAGGGCAUAAGAAAGGAUUCUUUAAAAACUCGGGUAAUAGAGGACAAUCUUCUAGGCAUAGCAAGAAUGCCUAUCCUCAGUCUGGUGAUAAGAAAUCUUGCUCUCGUUGUGGUAAACUUCAUGAUGGACAAAAUUGUGAUGGAGUCAAGAUUUGCUUUACUUGUAAGCAACCCGAACACUUUGCUAGAGAUUGCCCAAGUUCUAAGGGCUCGGGUUCCUCUUCCUCAUCUCAAGUUGCAAAGGGUAAUGACAAUGGGAAGAAGGUGCAAGUUCUUUUUGAUCCUGGUUCUACGCAUUCUUUUGUUUCUUGUGCAUUUGCUAAAAAUCAUGAAAAGAGCCCUGAACUACUUGAUUUUGAGUUAUCGGUUUCUACCCCUGUUGGUGAUACUUUAAUGACUAAUCUUGUGCUUAAGUCUUGUAUUAUUUGUAUUGAGGGUAGAGAGUUAUUGGCUGAUUUGGUGUUGUUAGAUAUGCAUGAUUUUGAUGUCAUUUUGGGCAUGGAUUGGUUGGCUUCUUACCAUGCUAGUGUGCAUUGUUUUGAGAAAGAGGUGGUGUUUAGGCCUCCAGGUGAAUCAGAAUUUCUAUUUAAGGCUUCAUGUUUGCCUUUUAUGCCUUGUGUGAUAUCAUGCAUACAAGCAAACCGCUUGCUUAGAAAGGGAUGCCAAGGAUUCCUUGCUAGUGUAGUGGAGUUACAAAGUGGAGAAUCGGAGAUAGGAGACAUUCCCAUUGUGAGGGAGUUUUCAGAUGUUUUUCCUGAUGAUCUACCUGGGUUGCCCCCGGAUCGUGAGAUUGAGUUCUCUAUUGAUCUCCUUCCUGGCACUGCACCUAUUUCUAAGGCACCAUAUAGAAUGGCACCCUCAGAGUUGAAAGAACUUAAGGAGCAAUUGGUAGAAUUGUUGGACAAAGGGUUUAUUCGCCCUAGUGCCUCGCCUUGGGGAGCUCCAGUUUUAUUUGUCAAGAAAAAGGAUGGAUCUAUGAGAUUAUGUAUUGAUUAUCGUGAGCUUAAUAGAGUCACCAUAAGGAAUAAAUAUCCUUUGCCUCGUAUCGAUGACCUAUUUGAUCAGUUGCAAGGAGCACAAGUCUUUUCUAAGAUUGAUCUUCAUUCUGGUUACCAUCAGUUGAAGAUUAAGGGUGAGGAUAUACCAAAGACGGCCUUUUGGACUAGAUAUGGUCAUUAUGAAUUUUUGGUGAUGCCGUUUGGAUUAACUAAUGCCCCUGCUGCUUUUAUGGAUUUGAUGAAUAGGGUAUUUCAUGAGUACUUGGACCGAUUUGUCAUUGUGCUCAUUGAUGAUAUUUUGAUUUAUUCUAAG